AUGGAAGGGCAGCCUGUACAAACUGGUAUGGCUCGAUCUCGCAGUAUACAUAACUUGUUUCUACAUAAUCAACCUCAGUUACCGGUUCAUACUAACGCCGCCUCAGAAACAAAUCUUCGAGAGCAUUGUACAGUACUGCGAUAGCAUGAAGGGCAACAUACCAGUCUCCUUCCUACUGGGUUUCUUCGUGUCUGGCGUCAUUGGACGCUGGUAUCAAAUGUACAUGUACAUUCCGUGGAUGAACAACAUUGCCUACUCAACCAUGGUAAGUUCAAAAACAGACUCUAAAUAUAAUUAG